AUGCCUCCCCCCGAGAAAAGCAAAGAAACCCUAGAAGCCAAAUCGGCCUUCAGCGCGACGCUCCUCAACAUCGGCAGCACACAUGCCAGCCCGCUCGUGGAGCGCGCACACACCAUCACAGAGAAUGCCGCGGCGCUGGACAAGCAGCAAGCAGAGCUAGAAGCACAUACGGCUGCGCUGGCGAAGCAGAACGAGAGCUGGGAUAAGUUGGCGGGGGAGGCACGGGACGGGUUGAAGGAGAUUGGGGACGUGCAGAAUUGGGCGGAGGUGGUGGAGAGGGAGUUGUUGGUGUUGGAGGAGAUGAUGGGGUAUGUGGAGAGUAAAGGGGUGGAGGGGGAUGGUGGUGAUGUAGAGGAAGGGGAGGGGGAGGAAGGGAAUGGGGGUUUUAUUGAUGAUAGGGAUGGGGUUGGGAAGGGGAAGGGGAGUGCUAUUCCGACUACUAGUACUGUUGAUGGUGGUGGUGGUGAUGAUGAUGGAGGUACUACUAGUAGUGGUAGUACUGGAAGUGGGAGUAAGACAGGAUCAUCAUCGUGGUUUAAGUGGUGGUAA